CAUGUAAAUGUUCUUUAGGAACUGACUUUUUUAAUAGACUCGGCUUAUGAUGUAUGUUCUUAGGUCUAUGUACUAGCAAAAGAAAUGAUAAAAUAUUUGAGGGUGAGCUUAUUUGUCUGUUGUGUUGCCUUCGUGGGACAAUUUAAAACAAUUUUUUUCUUUUGAAUUUUCACGCUCUUUCUUCUUCUUUAACAAGAAAAAAAAACAUGACUCUUAUUGUUACUGAGUCUUUGACAACUGAAAAGCUCGGCAAGGUGUUUGACCAUGCUAUCCUUAGACCCGAUCAAACUACCGAAGAUGUUAUCAAAGGCUGCGAGGUUGCAAAGAAGUACAAUUUGGCUUCUGUUUGCGUCAAGCCCUGCGACGUUGCUCAAGCUAGUGAGCUCUUGAAAGGUACAGAUGUAAUGGUUGGUACUGUCAUCUCUUUCCCUCACGGUAACUCCACUACUGAAGUCAAAAUUGCUGAAUCCUUACAAGCCAUCGAAGACGGUGCUAUCGAGUUGGACGUUGUUCUUAAUAUCGGUUUCUUAAGAUCAGGUUUGUAUGACAAGGUCCAGUCUGAAUUGACCGAUAUCAUCAAGUUGAGCAAGGCCAAGAAUCCUGAUGUGAGUUUCAAGAUCAUCUUUGAAACUGCCUAUCUCACCAAGGAACAAAUUGUUAAGGCUUGUGAAAUUUCUCAAGCCGCUGGUGCUCAUUUUGUCAAGACUUCCACUGGUUUUGCUUCUGCUGGUGCUACUUAUGAAUACAUUGAAUUAAUGAGAGCUAGUGUUCCUGAUAAUAUGGAAGUGAAGGCAUCAGGUGGUAUCAAGACAUUGGAACAAGUGCUUAAGUUCCUUGAAUUGGGUGCUACUCGUGUUGGUUCUUCCUCUUCUGAUCAAAUUGUUGAAGAGUUCAAGAAGAUUCAACAAUAAACAAUGUAAAAUAAAUG